AUGUGCGUCGGUCCAAAGAGUCGUAUCAGGAAGUUGAAUCCAUACAUGCAAUUCGACUCCUUAUUUCCACUUGUUCGUGUGGGUGGACGACUGGAACAAUCAGAGCUGCCGUACGAUGCUAAACAUCCAAUUUUGUUGCCGAAAUCUCAUCCAUUUGUUGAAUGCUUCAUGAACUUCCUUCAUUUCAAACAUCGCCACGCAGGAGCCCAAGCAUUGGUAUCGAUUGCUCGGCAACAGUUUUGGAUCAUCGAUGCUCGAAGCCUGGCAACGAAAGUGGUACACAAUUGCCUGAGAUGUUUUCGAAUGCGGCCAAAGUUACGAGAGCAAAUUAUGAGUGAUCUUCCCUCGUCACGAGUAUGCAGUACCAGGCCAUUUCUUGUUUCUGGCGUCGACUUUUGUGGCCCUUUUCCAACGACGGUAAAAACAAGAGGUUGUCGGACCACAAAAUCGUACUUGGCUGUAUUUGUAUGCUUUUCUACAAAGGCAGUCCAUUUGGAGAUUGUUUCUGAUUUGACAACAAGUGGAUUUAUGGCAGCUCUGGGAAGGUUCAUCGCGCGUCGUGGUAUUUGUCGUUAUCUCUACUGCGACAAUGCGACAAAUUUUGUGGGGGCCCGGAACGAGCUAGCAGAUUUGAAGAAACAGUUCUACAACCAAGGUACUCAAUCGUCGAUUCUAAGUGCUUGUGCAGAAGACAACAUCGAGUUCCACCAUAUUCCGCCCCGUUCACCCCAUUUCGGUGGGUUAUGGGAAUCGGCUGUCAAGUCAGCGAAGAGCCUUCUAAUCAGAUCCUGCAACCCAUUUUCGCUAACUUUCGAAGAACUGACCACUGUCGCAGCAGAGAUUGAAGCCAUUUUAAACUCUCGGCCAUUGACACCACUUACUUCAGAUCCAAGUGACGAGCAGGUUCUGACUCCGGGACACUUAAUUAUUGGUAGUCCAUUGACAUCGUUUGAGGAACCCAACAUCACCAACAUAUCUCGUCUUAACAGAUGGCAACAAUUAACUUCCAUUCGGCAACAUUUUUGGAAGCGAUGGUCCCGCGAGUAUAUCUCACAGCUCCAGUACCGUCACAAGUGGAAUUCGACAUCAGCUGAUAUUCAACCUGGCACAAUGGUUCUUGUUUCCGACGACAACUUGCCUCCGUUAAAAUGGUUACUAGGACGCAUUGUUGAUACCAUCCGAGGCAAAGAUGGCCAUGUUCGAGUAAUCUCAAUCAAAACUAAAUCUGGUAUUAUAACAAGAGCUGUACACAAGGUGGCACCACUUAAAUUCGAAUGCAGUACUUAA